AUGGUCUUGUCAAAGAUCGCUAGCAUUUCUACUGUCCUGGCCUCUGCCUCUCUGGUCGCAGGUCAUGGUUUUGUCUCAAGUAUCCUGGCCAACGGCCAAAACUACACUGGCUACAUCGCCAAUUCCUACCCCUACAUGAGUGACCCCCCGGAGAGCGUUGGCUGGGCCACAACUGCCACCGAUCUCGGCUUCGAAGACGGCACAGAAUACCAAGCCCCAAACAUCAUCUGCCACCGCAACGGCACCAACGGCGCACUCUCAGCCGCCGUGACUGCGGGCUCCAAGGUCGAGAUCCAGUGGACAACAUGGCCGGACUCGCACCACGGCCCGGUCAUCACAUACCUAGCCUCCUGCAACGGGGACUGUAACACAGUCGACAAGACGACUCUCAAGUUCUUCAAGAUCGAUGAGGUCGGUCUGAUCGAUGAUACUACUCCGCCCGGUACUUGGGCUACUGAUCAGCUCAUUGCGGCUGGGAACCGCUGGACGGUGACAAUUCCCAGCAGUAUUUCGUCGGGUAACUAUGUGAUGCGUCAUGAGAUUAUUGCUCUGCAUUCUGCCAAUAAUAAGGAUGGUGCGCAGAAUUACCCUCAGUGCUUGAAUUUGCAGGUCACUGGUGGUGGCAGUGCUGCGCCUGAGGGGACGCUGGGUGAGGCUUUGUAUACUGAUAGUGAUCCGGGUAUUCUGGUUAAUAUUUAUACGGCUCUGAGCAGCUAUGUUAUUCCCGGACCGGCAUUGUACAGCGCUUAG